AUGGACGACGAGAUGGUGGCAGCGAAGCUCGUCGAGGCCCGCGCGCGGUACGAAGCGCGUGAUGACGAUGGCGCCAUCGCGCUCUGGCGCAGCCUCCUCAAGACGGCGUACGCCACGCAGCAUCAUGCGCUCAUGUUCGUCGUGAGCAAGAACUUGGGCGACGCCGUGCUCGAUCUCGGCGAGGCCACAGCCUUCUACGAGUACGCGCUCGAGGUGGCGACAACGUGCGGCGUCAUGAGCGACGCCUCGCUGCGCUCUGCCGUUGCCGCGAUUGCGGUUGCGAUGCAGUCGAUGCAGGUUCUCGCGUGCCCUCUCUGCGGCUCAGCGCAGCGCUUUCACGGACGGUGCCACCGCUGCGCGGCCACAGAUGCGUGCGCCACGUGCACGCAGUCGUUUGCAACGUCCGAGCUCGUUUUGGACCCCAACGACAGCAACGUGUACUGCCAACCGUGCUACAACGCCUACUACAACGACGACGACGACGACGAUGAUGACCAAGACCAUGACAACGAAGACCAUGACGACAUGCUUGUCGACGUCCACGUACCGACGUCCGUUUCCUUGUGCACUGCGUGCAAGACAGGCAAGGCAACCAUCCGCGACUGGCAAGGCUCGUUCUACUGCCAAAGUUGCUUCAUCGCGCUCACACAAGCCAAGCUCGCCCGCGACUUGGAGGUGGUGGACGAGCCGUCGCCCAAAGCAGCGUCGCCCAAAGCGGCAACGCCCAAGGCACCAGCCCCCGACGCUCACACGCCCCAAGCGCCGGCCAGUGAACCGCGAACGAUUCCAGAGCCUGUCGCCGACGUGGAUGAAGCGCCGGUCGCGAGGCGCACGUAUGACCGCAAGUUCCUCCUUUCGUUCCGCAAAGUGCAUCGAUCGUGCCCGAGCGCGGUUCGGUCGUCGCCAGUGUUUCAAGCGUCGACCUCCAAGGCGGCCAAGGCAGCACCCAAACCGCCGACCCCGUCCCAACCUACUCCGUCGUGUGCUAUCCAAGACAAGACGGCGAUGCUCUGCGCUGCGCUCCGCCUCGACCCGGCGCAGUUGAAUGACGAGUUGGGCUUGUACGAGCACUACUACGCAACGACACCGCUCACCACGUAA